GGAACACACCGGACAUCCUGGGCAUCUCAAUAACGAAAAGCCACCUUUAACCUACAUUCAAUCAAUACUCUUCCGCUACGUGAGAUUAGAGGUGAACCUUACACUUCAUACCGAUCAUGAGCCACCACGAUCCAAUUGCGGACGCUAAAGCGCAAGAGGCGACCCACAAAUACACUUUCCGGCCAGCGACUAUGGAAGACAUACCCGCCUUGCAGCAGAUGAUUGGAGAAUCGUUGCGAGCACUUGGAAAAGGAUACUACUCAGAAGCCGAACUCGAAGGGUCGAUAGGUUUCUUGUUUGGCCCUGAUACGGUGUUGAUAAUUGACCAAACUUAUUACAUCCUCCACCCCCUCACUUCUCCUAAAACAAUCGCCGCUUGUGGCGGCUGGUCCUUCCGCCAAACCUUAUAUGGCGGCAACAAUGCCCCUUCGACCUUGCGCAUGCCUGCAAAGCGCAACCCGUCGACAGACCGCGCCAGUAUUCGCGCGAUAUUCACGCACCCCUCGUUCGCGCGCCAGGGUCUUGGGACUAUGAUGAUGCGGUACUGCGAGGCCAGCGCAGCAAAAGGAAAUGAUGAGACGGACGGUUUCAAGAGACUGGAGAUGGGCGCGACGCUCAGUGGGGUCGCGCUGUAUGAGAAGUGCGGUUACGUCAGGAGCGGGAGGGAGGAUGUGGUGGAUUGCCCGAACGGCGAGGGAAUCAGGAUCUGCCAUAUGAUCAAAGAUUUGCAGAGCGAGGCGCCAUGAGGAUGUGAGUAUCGCAUGUUGUUGAUGGGUCGAUGGUUGCAGGAAAGACUUUGAUGCGUCACCUGGUAAGCUGCUGGAAGACAGCAAACCAUCUCCAACAUUCACAAGUCCUUACGAAGAAAUUAUGAACUGUGCUUUGCAGAGUUCAAUUCAGACAAGAGGAUGCCUGUGAAUUCAUGGUUGUGAAGAGAACUAGAUCGUUGAGCGUUACUACUUUUGCAGAAUCUACAUGCAAUGAUCGAGUGAACAUGGAUAAGAAGAAUAACCAAGU